UUUUGAUUCUCCAGGCAGAUAGACAGCAUGUCUGAGCUAAAUUACUUUAGUCUGCCAUCUGAGGAGAGGGUCCGUGCACUCACCAAACUGGGAAGCUCCGUUGACGUCAGCGAGGACGUGCCGCCCCGACGAUACUUCCGUUCAGGCAUGGAGAUCAUCCGAAUGGCCAACAUCUAUGCCGAGGAGGGGAAUGUAGAGCAUGCAUUCAUUCUGUACAACAAGUACAUCACGUUAUUUAUUGAAAAACUUCCUAGACAUCGGGAUUAUAAAACCGCCAACAUUCCUGAAAAGAAAGAAACUAUGAGGAAAUUAAAGGAAAUAGCCUUCCCAAAAGCUGAGGAACUGAAAAGGUUGCUUCUCAAGCAGUAUGAAAAAGAACAUGCAGAAUAUCUUCUCCAAAAGAGGGCGGAGGAGGCGGCCCAGGCUCGAGAGAUGGCCAGGCAACUGGAGGUAGAAGCUGAGCGGCAGAGACAAGCUGACCUGCAGCAGCGUCAGCGCGAGCUGGAGCAGUUCAGUGCCUUUGAGGAGAUGAUUCGCAGGCAGGAGUUGGAGAAGGAGAGGCAGCGAAUUGCACAGGAGUUCAGCGUCCCAACAUCACCGCCAGCUCCUCCAGAUCUCCUCGUGCCUGAUGUAGGACCUCCUCAGGCUUCGUUUACAAUACCGACACCUCCUGGAGGAACUCCAAACCAUAUUUCUCCAACUUCAGGCCUCCCAGCGUUCGACCGCUCUCUGAAGCCGAGCGUUCCAGUCAGUGCAGGACACUGUGCUUUGGUAAAUGGCUUGCGGCAGCUGUUUGUACCGGCUGAGCUGUGCCAGAAAUUCUUAAAAUUGGCAGAUGCCAACACAGCGCGGGCAGUGGAGACCUGUGGGAUUCUCUGUGGCAAGCUGAUGAAGAAUGCCUUCACGGUGACGCAUGUGAUUGUACCAAAGCAGUCUGGAGGGCCGGACUACUGUGACACAGAGAAUGAGGAAGAACUUUUCCUGAUUCAAGAUCAGAAUGAUCUCAUUACACUGGGCUGGAUACAUACCCAUCCCACCCAGACGGCCUUUUUGUCCAGUGUGGACCUGCACACACACUGUUCUUAUCAAAUGAUGCUUCCCGAGUCCAUAGCCAUUGUGUGCUCACCUAAAUUUAAGGAGACGGGCUACUUCCGGUUGACAGACAACGGGAUGGACGAGAUCAGUUCCUGCAAACAAAGAGGAUUCCACCCGCAUCCAAAGGAGCCACCCCUCUUCUCUGCUAGCAGACAUGUCACUAUCACUGAUGGAAGUAUGACAGUGCUGGAUUUACGGUGAUGUCAUCGUUGCUGCUUCAAAACACGUGCCUUCGCUCCUGACCUCACUGUAACACAAAGUUGCCAAGAAGCUCCCAAUGGGCCAAAAAAGCGCUGCACUGGACAGUGCUAUAAAGACACUUGGCCUCUAUUAUCAUGUCUUCGCAGCACUAUGCACACAUAUAUUUGGUUUAAUUCAGAAAAACAUACCAUUAUAUCUGAAAGUGACAAAUAAAUGCUUAAAGGUGAAGUACAUUUUUGUGACACUAGAGGCAUCAAACAGAAGUGAAAAGGUAGAGCUAGCUUUUGUUAAGAAUGAGUUGCAGUUCUGUUUGGGGUUGCAGAAAUUGCACACUUGACCUUGUUUUUUUGCCAUUCCAUAAUAAUAAAAUGGCUCAUGUGCUGGAUCACGUAAGCCAUCCUCUUACUAUUUUAUGGUAUUGUAAAUGCAGUUGUAUAUAGUUCUGCAUCUGUCAGUAAUGGAAAAGCAUUUUAUGUUGAUAAAAAGAUCCUUACCUGCAAAUGCAACUUGCUUCUGUGCUUAGCUUAAAUGACAAUGAAACCACUAUCUACUGUAGUUUUCAUUUGUUUUUGCCUCUUAUAAUUUCAUCAAUCACCAUGAUUAUAUUUAGCUGUAGUUGCUGUGCACUUUUAUCAUAAUAUACCAGGCUGAAAUUAUUAACAAUUUGUGUCACUUCACAAUUUAUGGUUAAUUUUUGUUUCAUGUACCAACAUUUUAAGUAGCAUUGUAUUUAAAAUGCACAGUGCACACACAUUUAUCUCUUGCAAAAGUAGCUCUCGUAGACUGUUAAAUUUCACCGAGAUGCUGUAUUUAAUAAACAGCCAAGACUGCUUUAAAGUGACAGAACAUAUUUAAUUACAUUUCUUUUUCAGCCAAACUGUUCUCUUUUGCUCUUUCCUGGUGUAUCCAUAACAUUGAAAGUUUUGUUAGACAUUAACACUUAUUUUAAGUUACUGUAGUCACAUGGUUUUCAUUCUGAAGUUUUCAUUAUUAAAGUCAUACUUGUACAGAGUUGAAUGCAA